AGAUUUAAUUGUAUCAACAUGGCAGCCCAAGAAAAUGGGAUGCUGAACCAUGAUGAUAAAACUCAUUUUUCUCGUCCAGUGUAGUGCUAGUCCUAUUGUAUGCUUUAAAUGAUACAAUGGCCAAUUUCUGGUGGACCUUUGUGUACGUCGUCGUCGGGUUCUGGAUCCUUAGCAGGGUGGUAGCGUAUGUCAUACAAUGGCUGCUCAAGAGGUACCUGGAUGUCACACUGCGAUUUGGCAAGGUUGGUUUUUUCAACUUUGGCAAGGUACAGAUGACCCUGCAUCGACAUGUCUCUGUGCAUGUGGAGCUGGAAAAGAUUUGGUUGUCAAGUUCCUUUUUCAACCCAGAUGUCAGGAAGCCGGUGGUGUUGUGCAUCGAGGACAUGAGGAUACAGGUGGACGUGAGCCACAAUGAGGAGACUCACAGAGGUUUACAAAGGGAUGUCCAGGACCAUGGACAGAGACAGUCUGUUGCUCGUAUUGUCAACAAGAUUAUGUUACUCGGCAGUUAUGGGGGUCUGCGUGUGCACAAUGUGACCGUGAUGCUACUGAAGACCAUGGUGCCAGACUGUCUCAUUCACUUCUCCAGUCCUGAGAUCUCGUUGGACAUCACAGCUGCCUAUGACAGGUAUGAGCUUUGCGUCAAUUUGAACAACUUUGGAUGUAAGGCUCUCCGUAGCUCUGCUGAUGCUGAGGAGUCCAUGGGACAACAGAAUUGUUUGGCAGAGUUCUCAUUUGCCUUCAAACUGGACGCUAAGGUUGACAAGGCAGAUCCAGUGAAACUUGUGGACUUGAAAACUGUAAUAGCCAAACCACAGAUGAUGAUCACAGAAGGUUUCCUUCAGAAUUUGCAAAUGAUAGAUCAUCGCCGCCUCAGCCUUGUUGAUGUUACCAUGGAAACCAUUCAGCCUGCAGCAACCUUUGCAGCUGACCCCGAAGCUGAAUUUGGUCAGAGAUACGAACACUGGCCCAAUGACACCAUGUUUUCAAAGCUGAAACUGUUUGAGAAGUUGCAAAUUGUCAGCUUUGAUAUAUCAGACCUGGACGUAAAAAUCGUACGAGAAACAAAACAAAGGAGUUUAGCUGUUUCAUUGAAACUAUUCCACAUGGGUUUUCACAACCAUUCCUUUCUACAAGCCACAGAUGUGAACUGGAACAUCUACAUGGAAGAAUUUAGUACCAGUUCUAUGCAAGCCAAUUUUGCUGGGGUGUCAAAAGUGGGAGCAAAAGGACAACUGCUCCGUGACUCUGUCGACUUGUUCCUGACGGUCACCUCGGGUUUUUUCCACUACCACCACGAGGAGGUGCAGUACUGGUUGUCUGUCUUCUCCAACAUAUUCCGGCUCCACCGGCGCACCACACGGGAGAGACCCAGGCGGCCGUUGAGGCUGAAAAGAACGAAGUCUGUACCAAGUCCAACCUUGCUGUCAUGGAUGGCCGGUCGUAACUUCUCUACAGUGGUUGAGGUCACUGACCUCUCCUCCACAGUCUCGUCUGCCGCAUGCACUGGGCUCCACGCACAACUCACACAGGCCAAGGUCCAUGCCACGCUCAAGCCAGGGUCUGGAGCUGCUGCGGAAGGUGCUGAAUGGUUUAGCUCGUACAACGCUAGCUGUGAAGUAGACAUUCAGUCUGUCGGCUGCUGGCUUGUGGAUGCUAAACCAACAGGCGAGCUGCCCUCUGGUCGCAAGCACUACUGGGGGCAGAUACUAUACCUGGGAAUUUUGCUCAUGAAGGUGAAGAAAUUUGGCACAGACCUCAAAGUGGAAGGCAUGAAGGACAAUAUUCAGCUUGAGUGGUCAUCUGCUCUCCACAACGCCCUCACACUUCUGCUGAGCACACUGCGUAAAACAUGGCCACUUCCUGCUGCGGGGAGCCAAAUGGGACACAGCGGUUCGGCUCAAUCAUCGGCGGAGGAUGCAGUGCCACCGAGGCUGCUGGAGGAGAGGAGGGCAUUCCACACCGUGAAAUUUGACGUUUCCAACAUCAAUGUAUUUGUCACAAAUAGCGUCGGAGCCAGCGUCAUGCUACGAGUGGACAGUGUUGCUGUCCAGCACAGCCCAUCACAGAGCAUCCUGACUGUAGAUGGAACCAAAGUUCAAUAUAUUAUCUGUGAUAAACAGUACUUUCCCCUCAAACGUUCCACGGAUAUUCCAGAGCCAGUUGCCCAUGUUCAUCAAAUCAAGGUCAAGUACUCUCCUGCCAACAAGGAGUGCCGCGUCCACAUUCUUCAGAACCUGAACGUCCGCUGGACUCCGGAGGUCCAUCUUUGUCUCAUCAGUGGCCUACAGGAUGCCCGUGCUCUGCACACGCGUAUCAUGGUGCCUGAAGCUGAGGCAACUGGCACCAGCCCACCUGGGCAAGGUCCCUCCCCUUCUUCUGACCCACCAGCUAGCAGCAAAUCGUCUGUAUCCAUCAACAUCCUAAUGCUGGCUGACAUCAGUUUUGAGGCCAAGUUGUCCAGACAACACACGCUGUCAGUGUACACUCAGAACCUCCUUGUGACCAUGACCUUGCCUGACAUUCUAAUGGAGGUCAAGGACUUCAAUAUCAAAUGUGAUGGCCACAGUAUUUUCAGCAUAACUGGGUUUCAACUGGAGACCCUCCCAGCAUCUGUCCUCAAGUCAGAGCGUGCACAGGCCAAAAUUUUGGAGGAUCAGACAAACAAAGCGUGGGGCGUGUCAUUUGAAAGCAUAGACAUCGUGUUCCCUUACCAGUACAACUUUGCUGCCUGCUAUGAAGAGGUGAUGAACGCGGUCAAGUGGCUGAAGCUGGUGCACAAAGUCAAGAAGAAAGCUUUCACUGUGGACAGUCCCUUACCCCCUGAUCUAAACAUCAAGGUCAAGAUGCUUUCUAUUGAGCUGAGUGACGAUCCCUUUGAGGUGAAGAUGGGAUUAAACUAUGAAUUACUGAAAGAUGAAGGCAUUGAGAGCAAGAAAAGAAAAGAAGUGAUGGACGCUAAACUUCUGGAUCUGCAGAAAAAGCAGUUCAUUCCAGUAAACAAGAGAGAGGAGUUGUUUGCCAGCCUGCACAAGAGGAAUUCUGAGAUCUACAUUCAGCGAUCCCAGCAGCUGUACAACGCAGCCCCCAUCCGCACACAGCUCUUUACCUGGCUCAUGGAGGACUUGACUAUUACGGCACUGGCUGACAGGUCUUUCCACGGCACGGAGAAUGUCUUGAAAAACAUGCGGGACAUUGACUCUGAGAGUCCAUUCCCGAAGGAACCAAUCAACUUUAUAACGCUAUGGUGCCGCUAUGUCAGUGCCAGCGUCAAGCUGUGGUCAGUGUCGCUCAGAGACUUCCCUCGACCCAUGGUGGACAUCCAGGCUAUGCACGUGUGGGGCCGACUGGUUGGGGCAGAGCGAGAGGGAACAGCAAGGGCAAAAAGAACAUGCACUGUGGAGGUGGAUGAGCCCUGGACCACCAUGGCUGUGGAGAGAAAUCUGCCGUCGCUGAAAUUCUUCCAUGAUUUUAGCUGUGACAUGAGCAGCCUGACCCUGGCCUAUGGCGUGUGCUGGGAGCCAGCUGUCGCGCUCUACAACCUGAGCAUGGACCGCAUCAACAAGCCCUCGGUGGACCCCAGCCGGCCGCUCCCAUUCUGGGACAAGAUGCGUUUGCUGUUCCACGGCCGGUUCACGGCCUCCAUCAGCUGCAUGAGCUGGCUGUACCAUGCCUCGCUCGACCCUUACAACAACACUGAGCUCAUGGACUGGACCUGGACCAAGCUUCUGUUGGACUGGACCAAUGCUCAGUUUGUUUUGCAAGGCGACCUCGACAUUUCUGUGCGGACAGCUUCCAAGUAUAAUGAAAGCAAGUUGCUGCACCUACCCAAUUUGACCUUCAGAGUGUGCCUGGAAUGGUUGUGCCUUGGAGAUGCCAAUGACCACCACCCAGUGAUGCCAUGUGCGCCAGAUAAAGUGCCUGACUUCUCACUGGAGGAACAUGAUUCUUUCCGAGCUUUCCGCUCCCAGAAUCUAAACCUUGACCUUAGUCUGAAGACAAGACCUGUUGCCGACAACUUGCUGGAUAUCCCAUCAUGCCCAGAGCUGUAUGCCAGCACGCUUCGUUUCCUGGAGAAAAUAAAGAACUGUAUGUUCAGCGUUACACGUCCCGUGAGGAGGGGCAAGCUGUUUGGAGUGAUCACCCCGCGACGACUACAGCUGACGAGACACUACAAGAAGAUCAAGUUGUCCGUGGACUUUCACAAGUUUGCCAUUUGUCACUGGAUGUCCAACGCCAAGGAAAACGGUGCUGAGCUCAUCUCUGAUUCCUUUGUUCUACAGAUGUGCAAUCGUCUGAACCUGGUGCCCUUGGAGGACGGUUUGUUGCACCGGCCACGAGCUGACUGGAGCAUCAAGUACCUGAAGUGUCAGCUGGGACCUACGCGCAUCUACCUGUGCAAAAACAUGGGCAAGGAUGAGGCAGGAGCCACACCUGAGCCCGCCGACCGGAGUUUCUUCCUCAGUGUCACUAAGAUCAGUUAUCAGAGGUCUGACAGGAAGAGCAAGUCAGGAAAGAAAGAGGAUGAAAAUGGACUGCGGGUUCCAACCCACAGUGUUUCCAUCCAUGAGAUGAAGGGAGCCUGGAACCAGUUCAACAGGACGGUGGUCAUCGGCUUGUACGACAGCUACAUGAGGGCCAAGGCACUGCGCCGGAACCUUUCCUCUGAGGCCUUGAAGGGUUUCAGGGUCGACUCUACGCCCAAUGUUGUGAAGAAUCGGUCGUUCUCUUUGUCCAGUCCAGACAUACAGUCUGAGUCUGGAGAGGAUCCCGGGGGUGAAGCCGUAAGCCCCUCCCCUCUCAGCAAGUUACAGAUGGGACACGCCCACUCCAUGCUCCUCAAGCUGGUCUCCGAGUCUGACAGCAAGUCUGUGGCCUUCACUGAGGAGCCCUCUGAUUCCAAUGUGGAGCAACUACAUGGUAUCCGAGCCUGCAAACUUACAGAUAUCCUACAGACAAACUGGCAUAUUGAGCUUCACAACAGUCAAGUCGUUGUACGAGGCUGUGAAGCGCCGGGCUAUGUGAUCGUCAGCGCAGCAAGGGCAAAGAUUACUUCCUAUACACAUAUGCCCAUAUGGCGGCAAGGUCAACUGCGUUCUAAGUCUACAUGGAAUGGUGAUGUGGACUGUAUGCAGUAUUACGCCACCGUGGAUCCCAACAACAGCUACGACCGUGACAACAUCCCCUGGUUGUCCAGAGAGAACGUGGAGGACCGCGCCAAUGCUGACUUGACUGGUCUGCCCGAGAUGAUCGGCAGUGGUCAGUCUGUGGGCAGUGUGGUCAGUAGUGCAGUCACGGGUGUAGCACCUUCUGCGGAGCAGCCAAGCCCUGGGGACACUGUUCAACUCCAAAGGAUCAUCUACCGCUGCAGCUGUAAGUUUUUCUACGCCAACUAUGGGGAUGUGGACCCCAACAAUCUGCCUGAGGUGCCUUUGCCGCCUGCAGAAGAUGCUGAUGUGAUGAGCCGAGAGGAGGGUGUGGAUACCUUCACCUUGCUGCAUGAGAGUGUCUACGCCUACUCCAACCCACUGCAGUUUUCUGUGAUCAUGGACAUAGUGAACAACCUACUGCUGUAUGUAGAACCAAAGAAGAAGGCUGCCAGUGACCGCUUGCAGAGUAUGAGGUUCAAACUCCAGCUCUACAGAGAGGAUGACCAGAAGACACCCAUUCUACAGUUACAGGAAGUUGUUAGAGAAAGAUUGCAAGAGUUACGCCAACUGGAGAAAGAGUACUACAUUGCCAAAACGCGAGAUGAUGAGGAAAGCAUGAACCUACUGGAAGUGGAGAUGGAAGAUUUGAAGAACUGGAUUGGACUGAAGAAUGAGGAGCUUGGCAUGAGGAUCAGCUGUUACAACGAGAGUCAGCUGCAGGUCAAGGCCCAGAUGAAGAUGGAGAAAGCGCAGCAGGCACAGGUGGUGAGAAGGAAUGAAGUGUGCUUCAAAUAUGCCAAGUGGCGCAUGACAGAAAGGGAUGGCCACUGUGGUAUUGCUGAGCUGGAGCUAAGGAAUUUUGUGUACUCCAAGGUGAACCGGGACGACGACAGCUGGACACAUCAGCUAGAGCUGAACUGGGUCAAGGUGGAGAAUCUACUGACAGACAACUUUUACCAGAAAGUGUUGGUACCGAAGGACCCAACUGGCCAGGAUGGUGAGAACAGACAGAUGGCUCUGAGAAUCACCUGCACGGAGAGACCUCCAGUGGGUGGCAUCCCUGUGAAGGAACACUUUGAGGUGAACGUGGCUCCCAUCCAGAUCCAGAUGACCUAUCAGUUCUACAAGGCUGUCAUGGAGUUUUUCUUCCCUGAUAAAAACAUGGACAUGGAUGAUGAGGAUGAGAUGGAUGUGAAGCAAAAGAAGGAGAAGAAAAAUAGCAAAAAAGAGAAAGACAAAAGGAGGGACAAGGCAGAGGAUGUGGAGAGGUCAUCUCUGAGAUCGGCCGGAGCGUCCUUCAGCAGUGCUGAUGACAUCAACAAAAUGAGGGAGCGAGCAGCGAAGAACAACACUUUUCUGUACAUAAAAAUUCCUGAGGUGAUAGCAAGAGUUAGCUACAAGGGUCAGAAGGAGAAGAACAUCGAGGACGUGCAUGACUUCAGCUUCCUGCUGCCCACGGUGGAGUUCCACAACCGUAUCUGGACCUGGUUCGACUUGCUCAUCACCCUCAAAAACCACAGCAAGCGGGUGCUUCUCUCACAGGCGAUCAAACAAAAACUUCACUGGAAAGCUCGUGUGUUGGAGGAGGCCCCACAUACAGAUGUACAGGAGGAGGAGGACAAAGCCAAAAUGCUUCUGGGAGCAAAGUUACUGGCAGGCCAGGAAAAACCAGCCAAAAAAGGAUUUUUCACCAAGUCUCACAAGUCAUGAGUGCAGACAGAUGUGGUUCUUCUAAUCAAACAGUUUUUAGGUCUUUGUGAGAGGCCCCAAUGUUGUACAUUGCUUGAUAUUUAAUUUAUUGUGGCCUGUUGGUGUACCAUAACUUUAUUUUGGUGCUAAAUGUGCAAUUGGAAUGCCAUAAGAUUAGACAAUUACUAGAUUCUGGGCCUGGGGUCUUUUCUGUGAAGGUUUAUUGUUGUUGUAGGUUGUUGUUUUUUUCUGUAUGAUAUUGAUAUUGUUGCCUUCAUGUCUUAUGUGAUACAAUUAAUCAUUGAAUUUUUAAUUCUUUUUUGUUGUUGUUGUUGAUGGUACGUCCUUGACCAUUUUUGAUUUGUAAAAGAUGCUUAGGUAUGAGAGAAACAGAUGAACUGUUGCAAGUAUUCUUUUGGUUGUAGUGACCAUGGAAACAGAAAUUGCAAGAGAGAUGUUGAAAUGUCAAAUAUAUGGACACAAAUGUACUGUUGUCAAUAGUAGAGUCCCAGUGUGGCUUGUAAUCCACUAACAACAAAAAUUCCAAAGAUUUAAUCUGGUAGUAUUAGUCAUAGUGUAAUUGUGAUAUAUGGGAGGCAUGCACUACCUAACCAAUAGACUAACCAUAUGAAGACUGUCUUUCAUGGCAAUACUGAAGCAAAAAUAAGAAAGAGGCAAGACUACCAGCUUCUGGUUUUGGCAGCAUCACCAUAUCCAGCGAUAGGAAAACCCAACAACAUGAAAAUCCAUGAAGUCAGCGGGGUCAGAGAUGAUCAGAACAAAUGGAAGAGGAUAAACCUGUGGGUGUCAUUAGUACAGGGCUCCACACUGCAGCUAAUCAUGCCUACGAGCGAACAAAUUAAUCUUUUCUCAUUCCUUCAUACCUGUUCUUUCAUCCUUUACAUUAAUCUACAAUUUCUGUUGUUUGUUUUAUAUGAAUGUCCGACGAGACGCUGAGUUUAAGUGGAGUAUUUUUCUAAGUUAGGGUAUUUGACCGUCUGUCAAGUGGACAGGCUGAGAAGAUGUCUUCUAUGAAGGUCAAGAAAAUGUUUGCAAUGUUACAAUAUUGUGUUCAAAGACUUGAUUGGGGGGGGGAGGCAGCACUCCAAUUAACUGACCAUCUCUGACAAAACCAUAUCAACUCAUUUGUGACUACAGUUACCUCACUAGUUUAGAGGAAUCUUCUGUUGUGUCACAAAUCCAGCAACAAAACUUUUGAAAGGGCUAAAUUCAAAGGUAGACAGGAAGUAGAGCUGAGCUUUAUGGUGUUCUUGUAUGAACUCUACCUGCAGAGCUGUUGGAUGUUCACUUCCUAUGUCAUCUAUUGAUGUAGCGCAUCACUUUAGUCUACUUCGGCCUGUCACCAUCCCAGUUAAGUGAAUGGAGAUUCAUGAAAACUGUUGGAACAACUCAUGCUCAAGGAUCUUGCGGGGCAUUUGAAUAAUGGUAGCUGACUCAGCAGUCCAGGUUCAACAUCAUGCUGGUUGAGCCAAGGUCAUGCCAGUUCUCAAACCUGUUCAAGCUGGAUUUGCACCAAUACAAUUUUUUUGUAUGAGAAGGAAGUGUGUUGUGAUAGCUCAGGCAGAUUUGGGAAGUUUUCAAGGCUCCCUGCCUACUUACAUUGGUCAAUGUGGGGAUAGACAUUGAAUUCAGAGACCUCCCUGUCUCAUAAUUUUUCGGUGUGUGCGGUGACAUUAUACUCGUGCAUGUAUUGAUAAUGAAAUGUAAGAAGGAACUUGAUGAAUAUAAUAUAAAUGUAUGGCAGUUUUUAAAAGAAUGAUCAUGAUGCACUUUGCUUUUAAAUUUAAGUUGAAAGAACACACACCAAAAAAAGCCAUAGAUUAUUGAUUAAGCAAUAGAAUAGUUUUUUUAGUUUCCCUUCUGGCCACUUUGGUUAGAGGCUACUAAAAUUUCAUCAUAGUCUACAAAUCUUUCUGUCAUUGUUCAAGUUAAUCAAAGGUCAUUGGAUUUUGGUGCACACCGAAUUAUUUUUUUUCUAUACUGAAGAUCCUGGCAUUAAGGGUUUGACUGUUGUGCCUAUUUCAUCAGAAGGAAGUCAUGGGCUCACGAAUUUUGCACAAUAUAGCCGGCUAGCUCUGGCUUCUGCCUGAUACUCAAGAAAUAUCUUGCCUUUGCAAUGAUCACGUCAUGUGAGAGGGGAUGUCGUCAGUCUUCUCUUCCUUUAACUUUAACCUUAAAGAGAAAGAAUAGAUUUUGUAGGUUUCAUACUGAGAUAGUGCAUAGUCGUUUUAUUGCACUCUAUGAAACAUAGACAGAUGGAAAGAACAAUUGAGGCAACAGAGUUGUAGUUCAUAAGACGCAUGCUGCGUAUCCCAUGGACUGCUAGAAAAACAAA